UCAUAUAUGAAUCACUCUUAUCAAAAUGACUGCAUACUGUUCAUUCGGAGUUAUUAUUUCUUGUAAUUCAUGGAUUAUAUGAAUAUUCCUUAAAAAAAGAUCCUGCAGCUCAUCUUCAUAAAGUACGCAAACACGUCUUUUAUUACUUCACUCGUCUCGAAUCAUACAAUAUGCUUGCAUAGUUGACCUUUAUUUCUAAUGGCUUUAAUGAAUAUGUCAUGUUGCCUGUAUGCUGUUGUGCUAUAAUCUUUGGCUUACUAUCUAAAAUACUGAUAUUAUCCUCAUUAAUGUUGUCUAUAGAAACAUAUUCUGUUAAACAUGAAAUACACUCAGCACACAGUGCAUCAACCAUUUUGCCAUCAUCAGUAUCACGUACACGUAGAUCAGUAUCUGAUGUAUACACGGUGAAUUUUAUGCUUCCAGAUGAAUUGCCUCAAGAUCAUUUUAUAGGUAACAUUCCAAAACAGAUACCAAAUUUUCCAUUUCUUAAUAUCCUUAAUUCAUCAGUUAGCACGACUCUCGUAGAUUCAAGUGGAUUUUUAUUAAAAUUAUUUCGUGUAACAGACAACGGUGAAUUUUAUACACAAACAUUAAUUGAUCGAGACAAUCCAGAUCAAUUGUGUGGACCGUUAAAUUGUUGUCAUUUAAUUGUAUGCAAUUUAACCGUGGAUGUUUUAUUCUUUCAUCCUGGUUCUACGUCAAUCACAGUUCACAUAAAUUUACAAAUACAUGAUGCUAAUGAUAAUGCACCUUAUUUCCCUCAACAAACAUUUUCAUUAUGGAUACCAGAAGACAAUAAACUAAAAUAUUCUGAAGUAGAUAUUCAGCAUCUUGAAAGACCAACUUAUGGAUUACCAUUAGCUAUCGAUAUUGAUUCCUCUCCAAAUGGAGUUGUACAAUACAGAAUACAUGGGAGUAUUCCAGUGACUUCAACAUUCCAAAUUCAUAGUAAUUCAAGUGCAGAGAAAUUAGGUCUUUCUAUUAAACCAGGUGUUUUUCUUGACUAUGAUAAAUCUAACCAGAGAAUUUUUAAAUUAACUAUUGAAGCAAUUGAUGGAGGUCAUCCUGCACGUACUGGUCGAAUGCUUGUACUUGUACAUAUUACAGAUGUAAAUGACAAUAUACCUGUAUUUAAAAAAUCAAAAGACUCUAUAACAAUACCUGAAAACACAAUGUUUGAUGAACCUAUAUAUAAGGUACAGGCUACUGAUGACGAUUCAGAUGACAAUGGACUUAUUAAGUAUUCAUUUGCCCCAGCAAAUCCUACCACACCAUCUUCUGUUAUUGAGAAAUUUAAUUUUCAUUCCACGACUGGGGAAUUAUACCUUCGAGAUGUUUUGGACUAUGAAACAUUUCAAGAAAGGCAUAUAGAGCUGUUGUUUAUUGCUCACGAUACUGGAGAUCCACCACUUUCAGCUACAGCUCAGUUGACGAUUCAUGUGCGGGAUGUCAGCGAUAAUCCACCUCAGUUAAUUGUACAGUUGAAUAAUACUAUCAAAGAAAACAGUGAACCCGGUCAACUAGCUCUACGUCUUAUGAUUCGUGAUAAAGAUGAAGUAUCCCGUGAUAUGAUUCAGUGUCAUGCAGAUGUAGACCAGAAUGUUCCAUUAAGAAUGACUGUUUCUCCAGAGAAAACUAUGCUGACUGUGAUUACAACAGAUUCAAUAGAUUAUGAAGUAAAUCCAAGACUUCACUAUGCAAUUACUUGUUUAGAUGAAGCCGACCCGAAACAGUUAAGACAAUUCAAUUUAACUGUUUCAAUUGGUGACAUUAAUGAUAAUGCACCGAAAUUUAAAUCGUCUACAUUUGCACCGAAAAAUGGACAUUAUAAAAUUUUACUAAGUGAAGCAGAACCACUUAAUAAGCUGGUUCUGAUAGUAACAGCUGAAGAUGCAGAUAGUGGAGAUAAUGGACGGAUUAGUUAUAGCCUCAUGGAAAACGAUGCCAACUCAGAAAUGUCUUUCGCUAAUGCUGUUCAGUAUUUUAAAAUUGACAGUCAGACAGGUAGUGUGUUCUUGAUUAAACGAUUAGACUAUGAACAGAAUGAUUUACUACGUUUUAAAGUAUUAGCCCACGAUAAUCCCAAACCAUCUGAUGGUGAACGUAUGAGCGCUAUCGCCACAGUGAUUGUCCAGAUACUUGAUGUUAAUGACAAUGGACCAAAACUUAUCAGUUCUGAUACACUGAGUGUUGUUGAACACGCACCGAUUGGUACAGACUUAGGUUUAAUUAAAUUUACAGAUCCUGAUACCGGUUCAGGUGGUCAAAUUGCACACAUCAGCCUUCUCAAAGGAUUACCAUUGGAAAAAGCAAAUGACAAAUCAUCAUUACAAAAUAAAUGUAACCAAAACGAUGAAAGUCAUAUGUAUUUUAAAUUAUCAGAGAAUGGACAUUUAAUAACGCUGCAAUCGAUUGAUAGAGAAGAAUGUCCAACAAUAGUUUUGUACAUCCUUGCUAUUGAUCGAGGUCUACCGAAUCCAAUGACGAGUACAUCGACACUAACUAUUCACGUGGUCGAUAUCAAUGAUAAUAGUCCAGUUAUCGUAAAACCAAUACUAGGUCAGACAAUAAUAUACCAACCGAUUAAAUUACAGAACUGGGAUACAAUAUCGUUUUAUCAAGUUGAUACUAAACAGGAUAAAAUAAUAAAUCGUAAACCCCUGAAUAAUACAUAUUUGAAACAAAAUGUAAAUGAUAAAAUGCUAAGGAAAUACAUUUAUUCAAGAAUAGCUUUUCAUAUCCAAGCAACUGAUUUAGAUAUCGGUGAAAAUGGCCGUAUUACUUAUACUCAAAACAACAGUUGCAAUGGUUCAAAAUAUUUUCAUUUAGAUGAAAAUACUGGAGAGUUUCGUGCAAGAUUUAUUGAUUAUCAAAAGCUGUCAAAUCCUGAAUCGAUUGAAUCAGACUCUAGACGUGGAAUUUAUCUUCUCUGUGUCCAAUUAACAGAUAAUGGUAAACCACCGCUUCAAACAACAGCAUGGUUUUUUGUUAAAGUAACUGAUCCAGUUAUACCGCCUACUGUACAUAAUAUAUGGCCAGCUGAUUCAGCUAAUGACAAUGACUUCUCACAAAAGAUGUUGUUUUCAAAUUUCUACAAUUCUACACACAAUCAAUGGUCAUCUGAUAUGCUGGACACGUUGAAUUCUGGUUCAGUACGCCUACCGACUGAUAUCAAUAUCAGUAACAUGGUGAUUUCGCUACUGUUAGCAAUUUUUGCUAUUACAAUUAUUUGUACGCUAACUGCAUCAAUAUUAUGGGCACGAUCUAAGCGAAGAUCUAAGCGUUUAAAUCAAAGAAAGGAUAAGCUUGAAUGUGAGGAUAAAAAUCAUAUUAAUAUGCAAGAUUCUAAUGAUCAUCAUUCACACGAGUGUGGAUUACUUGAUACAAAUAUAAAACUAACCUGUGAUAGUAAGAAGACAAAGCUCACCCCAGAGCGUAACAAACGCAACAGUAAGCGAUUCAAACAUCACACUAAUAAAAAUAGUAUAAAUGAUCAUAAUAAUGACAAAAAUACUUAUUAUGGUAGCUCUAGUAGUAGUAUGUAUAGUAAUAAAAAUUGUAACAGUAUUAAGUGUAACUUUAACCAUAAUAACCUUGUGGGAAAUUUAACCACCGAUUUACAUACUGUAAAUAGUCCAAAUAUCAGUUGUAACACUUCGCAUAGAAGUACUGAAACGAAUGUAAAUAUUGACAAAUCACCUAGACUUUAUACAUCACUUAGACAGAAGUCUACAACACAUGAGAGAACUACACCUAUGAAACACUUUUCAAGAACUUUAUUUCCUCGAAAUAAACCAACCACGAGUAGUGUAGAUAAUAAUUAUGUUGCAUUAAACAAGCUUUCCAAUCCUGUAUUACCAAGUGAACAACACUAUCAACAUCACCAGCAACAACAACAGCAACAAUAUUUAUUACAAGAGCAUAAACGGAUAAGAGAAGAAGAUAAAGGACCUACUGAAUCAGAAUCCUCUUAUCUGCUACCCUGUGAUCUCAUAUCAGUUUGUAGCAAACAUAAUCAUAAUGAUAGUAAUACAGGCAUUUAUAACAGUAACACCGGUGCUAAUUUAGCUAACAGUCCAUUAGAUAUUACACAGCCAUCAAGUACACAAAUACAAUACUUAGAACACAAUAUCAAUCAUCCUCUUCCUUAUCGACAGCAAUCACAUUCACAACAACAGUGUGCAACACAUUUGUUAACUAUUGAUCCUACUACAUCAAUGUGCUUAACAAAACCAAAAAAUUUGGAAUAUUCAACUCAUCCAUUAUCAGAAGGCUUAAUAACAUGCUGUUCAACUAUUCCGAUUGUUAGUACAUUAUCCAGAGGAUGUCCAACUCAUGGUCCACACUUAAUUCUUCAUCACAGUGAAAACAGUGAGUUUACAACACCGACUCGUAUAUUUGCUGUCAGUUCAGUAUUAGAAUCAUUUAAAGAUCUGACGACAACAGUAACAACAACAACAAUGACAACAGCAAAUACGUCUCCAAAUUUGCUUACAAAAUUACCAGGGAGUCAAUUACCAACCACUUAUGAAUUAAGAUUAGAACCAAUUGCUUCAUCCGAUGUUACCCUACCUGUAAGAACAGAUCAUAAAGGAGGAUUAGGAGAUGAUGACGGUGAUGAUGGAGGCGAUGGCGAUGGUGGCGGCGGCUGCAGUGAGAAUAAUGAACAGUUUAAGAAUACAAAAACCAUUUCAUGGAUUCCUGUUUCAAUACUCACUGAUAACAUUACUACACCUAUCCAGCAGUCAGAUUAUAAUAUGUAAUGGAAGUAAUUUUUUAAAAAUAUUUAAACCCAGUGAUAAAUUCUAAAAAUUGUAUAAAUUUAUGUAUUUUCUUUUUGGUUA